CUUCUUCUUCUUCUUCUUCUUCUUCUUCUUCUUCUUCUUCUUCUUCUUCUACUUCUUCUUCUUCGGCUGCGAGAAACAAAAUUUAUACAUUUAAUAAUUCAUGCAAUAUUUAAAUCACUAAUAUUUUUAUGUACUGGUAGAUUUAUUCACUACAUAAAUAGAAGCCAAGACAUUCGAGAUUACAGAGGAAUAAUAAAAAUUCAUCCUUUCAAAAAAAUAAUUAUAAUAUUUUCAAUACUAUCAUUAUGUGGAUUUCCCUUUCUAUGCGGAUUUUACUCUAAAGAUCUAAUUAUAGAAUACUUUUUUAUCAACAAAAUAAAUACACUUAGAUUAAUUAACUUAAUAUUAGGAACCAUAUUUACAGUAUCAUACUCAACUAAAGUUUUAUUAAUCUUAUAUUUAAAUAAAUCACCAAUUUAUAACAAUAUAAACUACUCUUGUAAUAAAAUAACAAAUUAUAGAAUACUACAAGCACUGUUGCUUGAAACAGUUCUUUUGCUAGAAGUAAAUAACAUGUCAGAGCAAGUAAUGUUGACAUUGAAGGCAGCGUGUUUAGUUUAUAAUAAUAAUACUAUUAACAGCCUGGAAAUACUCAAAAACCGGAUUAUUGCUGCAUAUGAAGAAAUUCGUCUUCAACAGUCUUUGAAACGUCGAUAA